AUGGAUCCAGGACACCUUCACACGGUAGGGAAUAUACUUAUGAUUUAUGUAAAUCUUGCCUGUUACUUCUUGAAGACACCGUUCAUUCCUCAUAUUUUUACGUCUGUGCGAGUAUCCUUGAGGUUCUGUCCCCGAAUUUUGGUACAGUCGAACCUUGUUGGAAGCUUUAGCAAGACACCAUACUUUUCUUUUUCUGGCGGAAGAAUCUGAUUUUUCUUAUUUUGUCGGAUAUAAGAACGUAGACAUGUGCAGUUGGUCAGGAACAUACAUCUAACAUUCCACUUGAAGUUCUUUCGUGUUAACCGGCAAUACAGGCGUGAUUUGGCGGGGGAAUACACGGAAAACGUAUCGUUCUUUCCACGCCUUUCCCCGUCACGCGUGUCUCGCGCUCCACUUCGUGCAAGCCUGAAAAACGCGGGAAAAAAACGCCUAUUCUGUAUGUUACUUUUGCGUCGUCAAGAGAUUUCGCGCGUGGGGACGACGAGCUUCUAGCCAGCUUGCCGCUCUCCAUGACUCUGUUAGAACAUUUUCCCCCUCAUUGUCAACGGAUGAUUUCACUCCAAAGGGAGAAAAAGAACUUGGGAGAUCUCUAUAUUGGUUGUGCAACCUCUUAUUUGUUACCCCGGCGUGAGUGAGUACUAUUUUGAGUCUGAGACAGAGUAGCUUGUGUUAGUACUCGAAAAAACCCCUACACUCUGGAUUCGUGGUGGUAAACUAUGAAGGUUUGCGUGCCAACGAUUUUCUUUUGAAUUAUGCUACCUCUCCUACUAUCAUCACAGAAGGAAUUAUACUGGGUAACUCAGACCUAAAUUUCAAUUAUCGUUAGCUUUCUUUGCGUAUUUUCUCAGGAUAGUGACCCAAAAGCGUACUCUGCUGAUCGAGAAGAGGAACCGGUGGAUCCUGGGUAGGUUAUUGUCGCCAUGUACCACACGGUAAUAUGAUGUAACCACUGUUUUUGGUUCGCACGUUUGGAAUUCACCUCCUCAGUCGUGCUUACCGCUGGUAAGCGGAGGUCGGCGCAGUGUAGCCUUCCCCCCCCCCCAGGGGGGGGGGGGGCAAUCAAUGGAAUCUGGUCGAGGUGUUCCAGCGAGGCCUUUCAGCCGUGACCUUAUCUCAUUUCGUUUCACAUACAGAACUAAUCAUUUUUUUAAACUACUAUCAUGGAAUUAGAUUUGUUGGACCAACAAAAAGGCUUUCGGCCCAAAAAGACACUGUGUUCAGGAAGCUAAAUAGUGAAAUUGUAUACCAUGUUUAAGGGUCAAGAACUUGACAGCCAUGCCCCGUUUAGGCCAAAUAGGGGAGUGCGCCCCUCCCCCAAUAGGGUGUAACCUCUGCCCUUGGCGUGGCUUUCAUACGUCGUUGUUGCAGUUAAUCGUUAAUAGUUAUUUUCUUCUUUUCUCUUAUAAAGCUUUCAUUUAUUUUUUGUGUCAAAGAUUACAACCGGAUGAUACGUCAGAGGAAUCUGAAAACUACCCCCAAAAGCUGUUUCCGGUCGAAGUAAGUAUUCAGCAAUGAAAGGAAAAAGCAUUUCACUGACGUAAGCAAUUUCAUAUAAUGGCAUUCGGGACAAAAUAGAAUGAGAUGUUUUAAAACAAUUAGAAAAUUGAUAGCCAACUAAACGGCUCAUGGAAUCAGUUAGUAGCGUCAGGGAUAGGGGAAACUUAGUACCUCGUUCACAAUUUUUUGGCCAUAAAAAGCAGGCCUAGGUAAUUUUGGAUAAAAAGUAGAUGUGUGAUGAUGUUUUGAGAAAUUUAAAUAACUACUUGAGAACUCUAGCUAAGUAGCUUAUUUUCAAUACAACGAACUCGUAUAAUUAUAAGGAAAUACUGGUAAAGUAAAUUUACGUUAAAUAAGAAAUGUCUUUAUAUGUGUCCGAAGGUAAAUGUCACGACUCAACGGUUUUGUAUUUAACGGUAUGUUUUUUAUUACUUUCUUAAAUCAGUAAAAUGUCAAGUUCAUCUCAAUUGGCUCCUGUGUUUAAAUUUAGAAACCACUGAGUUCCUACUCAUUUAUUAAACAUUACUAAAUAAAAUAAAUCAGUUCACGUCCCUAAGUGUUUGAUAUUUCAUAUAUAUAUAUAUAUAUGAUUUAUUUAAUAUUUGAUUUUAUGUAGGAAGCAUCGCAAUGUACAGAAAACGGACAACCCGUGCGUCAGUGUACUGAAGAUACACUUGAAACUCGUCUAGUCGUAUAGUAAGUUGAUCGUUUAUCAUCAUCGCCGUUAUCAUCUUUCACCCGUUUCAAGCCCGCGUAGCAUUAGCGUUUCCGUGCAGUUUUGGAGCAAAGAACGAGGAACGAGAGUCAAUUUUUCGCGCAGUCAAAACCGUGAAUCCCGUCCCUCAGUCUUCCUUUGCUUUGAAACCAAACGGAAAAGCUUGCUGCGCAGGCUAACCCGUUCCCAUCGUGAUCAACGUUUUUCAGUUGGAUAAUUAUGCAAGUGUUACACUAAAAUUUCCAGAAGGUACAACAAUCAACGAAAAAAUACUGAUGAGCUUUAAGAUUUUCAAUUUUUUUUUCCAUCAUGAACCCGCGCAAAGAAUUUUACUGAGAGAUGCUAGGACGUCGACCUUGUCGCACUGCUUUAAACACAUUGUCACUCAACUCCUUUGAUGUUACCAUUCAAAUAAAACCCCUUUGACAGAACGUUUGCACAGUGCUUAGGAUAUAUUUCGCAAAAAUAAGUUUGCCGGUGCAUAUUUUUCUUUUGCCACCGGCUAUCAUAGAUGUCGAAGUGACACUGAAAUUGCACCGUUCCUAUAUGCCCCCAGCUUCUAAUUCAGACAUCAUUGUUUGAGAUUGCUAAACUUUAGAUCCAUUUUUUCAAUGAAAACUUGAUAUGAGUAGCCUCAUGAAAAGAAAAAGUUAGGUGAGCCUCAGUACUUCUAAUAAGCCCCCAGUCUAAAAGUAGUGACAAAAAUCCCCUAAGGGGUAAGGUAAAUACGGUAUCCCACUGAUUUUCUUGAAAUAACUAGCGAUUUGUUUUUUGCAGUGGAACGCGAAGUGCAUGGUCAACAGGGAACGGUCACAGUCAAAGCCAUACUGAGAGACAAGUAAGGCUUUUCGCGUAGCUAUUUUUACACUUAUAUGUCAGUCUGUCAUUCGUGUUUGCUCCGGUGAACUGUGGUAGCUACUGAGUCAGGCGGAGGAUAAAGACAAGUCAAACAACACGUAUAGGGCAAAAGGCUUCAAGGCACGCCCAGUUUAUAAACUGGGUAGAUUUCUCGGUCGAAACCCAGUAACCCAGCGGGCGUUGCGUGAUCCAUAAAGCAUGUUUGUCCAUCUUCUCAGAGUCUGUUUAAAGAUUGUUUAAUGCAUGGAACACACGCCUUUUUGGAGGUCUACAUUUUUUAAUGAGAAUGAGACUUGAAAAGCAGUGCAACUUGCUACUGAACGGCUUCAAAAACGUCUGAUGUAGAUCUAUUCCCAAAAAAUCUCUGAAGUUUUUAUUAUCUGCUUCAAGAAUGUCGGAGCUAAGAACUCAGCUGUGUUUAUAAGCUGCAAAGUGACAUAUCUUAAUAUACUUUUUUUUAAGCGAUUUCAAUCGGUUUCUAAAGUUAUCUUCUCUUCUCUAGUUCAGGCUGAGGGUACAUCCCCUCCCACCCCUUGGGUUUUACUUUGCAUGUAUUUUUUUGAGGGACAUUUUCCCUUGCAGUUUUAUUUUGUUUUUUUCCCCACCAGCAACCACCCCCCCCCCCGCCCCUUAACCACUUUUCAAGUGGUCCAUUCCUUAAUCAUCUAUUGAUCUAUUCUCAGUUGAAUAAAAGCUUUUCUAUUACAAGGUCUAAGCUGCUUGCAGUACAAUACUUCUGUAAAGGCCCUUCUCAGUUAAAACUGCGAUCUAUCGAAGCCGAAACUCUUGUUUGUUGUGACAGUCUUUUAUUAUUAAACAAUGCUAAAAAUAUAUUCUAACAUUAACGUUAGUAAAUAAUUGGGACUUAUUUCCUUUUUCAUCUCUCCUUUUAUUUUUCGUUUCAGGUGGAUGAAGGAAUUGAUCGACAGGCAGAUAGUUUAUUUUUCUUGACGUUGCUGCUGUUUAUCUUGCCACGGAACUGA